UUUUUUUCUAUUCCGGUAGGAAACGUUGGGCUAUGAAGUUGCCUCAACUUCACGUGGUUCUCUGUUUCUUCCCUCUCCGGUUCUGCCCCAUCGUAUGGUGACCUCGCCUGUGAAAGGAGGACGUCUUUCCUUUUCACGGCCACGGACUCAACUAACUUUCCCUGUCUUGAGAAUCUCUCACCAGUUUCUUCGUUCACAACUUCUAUUUGUCACUCGCGACGCGUGCUACUCCUUUUCCGUUCCGACACUCAAAGAAAGGGUGCCACGCUCUCGUCUGUCGGCGUGUAAAAAAGGUUUCUUCCUGCGCGGCUUUUUGUUUCUGUUUUCAAAGGCCUAUGUCUCUGUCAUCGGGUUCACUGUGAGCACUUUGGAAGCUCUGUUGGCGUCGGAGCUGCUGGAGCAAGUUCCUCCCUUUUCUGUGUUCGCCUGGCUACGCUUGACAGCCACACCCGCAUCGGAGAAUUCGUGUGUAAAACGAAGAAGCACAAAACACUCGCAAACAUGCAGCCUGAAGAAUUCGCCGCUGCGGCCCGUGGAGGAUUUGGAGGAGAUGCGGAAAAGGCGAAGGCAGCUGAAGCUCAGGAAGCGAUGCGCCAAUGGAGGAGCAACGGCGGAUUAUGCUUCGCGCUGUCUUGACACCCGCGGCGCAAGAGCGAUUACACCGAAUUCAACUUGUCAAAGCCGACAAGGCACGAGAGGUGGAAGCGCUCAUUCUGCAAAAUGCUCAGAGGGGCCGGCUUGCCGACAAGGUGGACGAGGCAACUCUAAUCGAACUUCUUCAGCAGACCAGCGCGGCGUCUGCGGCGAAGAAUACGCCGAAAGUCACUAUGAGACGGCGUUUUAGUGACGACGACGAUGACUUCUGAUUGGUCAAAACAAUGAACUGAAUCUGUGGAGAAGAGAGGGCUUCAGCGAGAGCAGCGAAACGAAUGCAUGAAGCAAAAAGGCUCCAUCGCUUCUAUUGGAGGCGAAGACGUCUCGGCGCGUCGAAUCUGUGGUGGGCUUGUCACUUCCUAGGGGGUUCGUAACUACAGGAGUUUCCAG